AAGGAAAAAAGAUCUCUUUUCCAACUACAAUUCUUCCAAAUAAAAAAAAAAAACUAAGGAAAGAAGUUCUAUGGUGCAACUAUAAUUCUCUCAAAAGUAAACCAGCGAAAAAACUUCUCUGCUCAGAUCAAAUUUCUGUUUCUGCUCAGAUUUCUCCAGGCAAUAUGUUUUUCCCUCUUUGUGUUUUAUGUGAAUUCGCUCGGAGUACUCCAAAAAUCAUGAUGUUAUGGUUUUCUAUUAAAUUGGUUGAGUUGAUUUUGAUGGAUACUUCCAAUUGAUCAAAUUGACUUUUCUGUUAAACCUGAUUUUGACAUGCUUAUACUUCAUAUUUACAUUUAUUUUUAGGAAAAUUUAUAUAUUAGUUGCGGCAAAUAAUCACCUUGCUUACUGGUUUAUGUCCAAUAGUAGAACAAAUAUAAAUUUGCAUAAUUAGUGAGAAAGAAAUCUGCACAAUUUAAUCCAUAGCAUUAGAUAUUAUAUUUAAUAGUUUGGUAAACUGUAAUAGCUAUAAUUUAAUUUCCCCCUUCACACAUGACCUAUUAUAUGGUUUAUGUCCAAUAUUAUACGUUGAUUUAGUAUCGACGAUACACUUUGCCUUUAAAGAUUAAGUUUUGUCCCUUAGAAUUUGGGAUAAUUGUUUGGAGAUCGAUCACAUGUUAUUGUCAACUUAUUUGAUUUCCUAUAUAAUUUAGUUCCUUGUAUCAUACAGAGUUUGGAAGGUUUUGGAUUAUUUUGAUUAAAAAUACAUCUCUUUCAAAUGAUAUAGUUGUUGAUUUGGUUUCUGCUUUUCAUAUUGAUUAGUUCAAGUUCAUUCCUGUUGCUUGUUGUGUGAUUUGAAAAUGAAUUUUAAUUUCACUGUCUUAAAAAUAAGCUUCAGAGUUCAUUAUAUUUGCUAUGAUAAAGGGUAAUGAGAAGAUACUUUUUAAGCAACAUUAAUGCAAAGUUCUCAUGGCUUAAAAUGAUUUAAGGCCAGAAUCGGCAACCUAUAGUAACAUAAAAUUAUUGCACUUUAGAGGUGAAUUAAUGUUAGUUAUUCUAUAAGACCAAAUAUUGGUGUUAAAUUAGUUUUUAGAAUAUCCAAUGUGUUCUCAUUUACUAUGUGUCAAAAGUCUUAUAUCCUAGUAUCUGUACUCGUGUAGAUGAGUUCAACUCUUGCUUAUAUAACGUGGUUAGUUUUGAUUAGUGACGUGCAUACAUUUUUUGAUUGCAUUUUUUUGUAGAAAAUAGCAAUGGAUAAAAGUUGACUGAAUAUUAAGAAUAAAUGUAUAAAAGGUAUAUUAAAGGAAUAAAACUUUCUUAAUUGGGCAUACAGUCAAUCAAAUGUGAGCACUGUGAUCAGAUGUCCUUGUAAAGGGUGUAGAAAUACAGGGUACAUGUUGAAAAUCCAAAUAAGAAGACAAUUGUUGAGCAAUGGGUUUUGGGACAGUUAUAAAGUGUGGGACUUGCACGGAGAGGUGUUAGUAAGACUUGAAAAUUCUGAUGUGAUAAACAAUGAUGAAGUAGAGGAUGAUAAUGCUGAAGAACAUGAUACUAUUGGGAUGAUUCAUAAUGCUUAUGGAUAUGCGAAUACAGCUGUUGCAAAUAAUCUUUCACACCACAAUGAAGAACCAAAUUUGCAAGCACAAAAGUUCUACAAAUUACUUGAAGAUGCUGAGACAGAACUUUAUCCUGGUUGUAAAAUAUGUCAAAGUUAUCUUUUGUGGUUAGACUACUUCACUUGAAGUGCCUUAAUCAUUGGACCAACAAAUCAAUGGAUGACUUGUUGAUCUUCCUUAAAGAAGUUCUUCCGGUGGAGUCAUUUGUUCCAAAUUCUUUCUAUGAAGCAAAGAAAGUACUUCGAGACUUAGGCUUGGGGUACAUCAAAAUAGAUGCAUGUCAGAAUGAUUGUAUCUUAUAUUGGCGCGAGCAUGCCAAUGCAUAAUCAUGUACUAAGUGUGGUGAGUUUAGAUGGAAGUCAAAAGAGAAUGGAGGCAAGAAAGUAGCUCAUAAAGUCUUGCGACAUUUUCCUAUCAAACCAAGACUGCGGAGAUUAUAAAUGGCAAGAGAGAUAGCAAAAAAGAUGAGGUGGCAUAAGGAGGAACGUGUUGAUGAUGGUAUCUUGCGACAUCCGUCUGAUGCAAUGGCAUGAAAAUCUUUUGAUGAGAAACAUGCCAGCUUUUCUGCUGAAAUAAGAAAUAUUCGAUUAGGUUUUGCAAGCGAUGGGUUCCAGCCUUAUGGGAACAUGAGUUCCAACCAUAGCAUAUGGCCAGUCGUACUAGUUCCAUAUAAUUUACCCCCUGGGAUUGCAUGAAGAGUGGGUAUUUCAUGAUGACACUUCUUAUUCCAGGUCCUAAGUGUCCAAGCAAUGAUAUAGAUGUAUAUUUACAAUCGAUGAUUGAAGAAUUGAAAGAAUUAUGGGAUGGAGCAGAGACUUAUGAUGCAUACUCAAAAUCUAACUUUAUGAUGUGUGUGGCUAUUAUGUGGACAAUUAAUGACUUUCCUGCCUAUGGGAACCUUUUGGGAUGGUCAACCAAAUGCAAAUUUGCAUGCCCUUAUUGCCAUAAAGAUACACAACCGAUUUCAUUACGUAGUAAAUUGUGUUAUAUGGGGCAUCAUUGCUUCCUUCCAUUACACCAUCCAUGGCGCAAAAAUAGGAGGUUAUUUGAUGGGAAAGUGGAAAAGGGAGUUGCACCUAAUCCUUUAACAGGUGAUGAUGUACUUAUGCAACUACAAGGGUUGGGUAAUGUGACUUUCGGUAAAGGGAAAAAGCGAAUGCGUAAUGCCCCUAAUAAUGCUUACAAUUGGACGAAGAAAAGUAUUUUUUUCGAAUUUCCAUGUUGGAACACACUUUUGUUACGAUAUAACCUUGAUGUGAUGCAUAUAGAAAAAAAUAUAUCCUAUAACGUUUUAUCAACUGUGAUGAAUGUGGUUGGGAAGACAAAGGACACGUUAAAAAGUAGAUAUGAUUUGGUGGACCUUGGUAUUAAGCAAGGUUUGCAUCCAAUUCAGGAUGGGAACAAUGUGUUGUUACCAUCAGCAUGCUACACAUUAUCCCCAGAAGAGAAGCUGAAGGUGUGUAAUUUCUUAGCUAAUUUGAAGGUUCCUGAUGCCUUUUCAUCUAAUAUUUCUAGGUGUGUCAAGGUUGAAGAGAAAAAGAUACAUAGAUUAAAAAGUCAUGAUCACCAUGUAUUAUUGGAAGACAUUUUUCCAUCAACAAUUUAUGGUGUGUUGCCUAAGGAAGUGAGUGAAUCAAUUAUCGAAAUAGAAAUUUUUUUCAAGAAUUUAUGUUCUAAGUGCUUGACAAUUGAAGAUCUUGAUAUCCUAGAGGCUGAAAUUGCUAUCACAUUGUGCAAGUUCCAAAUGGUUUUUCCUCCUGCGUUUUUCGAUGUCAUGGUUCAUUUGCCCAUUCAUUUUCCAAGAGAGGCAAAACUAGGUGGAGCAGUUCAAUAUCGGUGGAUGUACCCUUUUGAAAGGCUCAAUUGCAGAAGAUUAUUUGGCAGAAGAAAGCCUCACAUUUUGCUCACAACUUAAAGAAUAUCUCAACCAAGUUAAUAGGCCAGCUAGGAAUGAUGAUGAAUCUGUAUCACAUGGUGAGAUAUAUAUCUUUAAAAAUAGUGUACGAACAAAAGGUGGUUCAGAUCCCGCCCCGCUCUCUCGUGAUGAGUUAAACCAAGCAUCCAUAUAUGUGCUUCAAAAUUGUGAAGAAGCUUGGCCGUUCCUUGAGGAACACACUAGAGCGAUGGAAAGACAAAGUGGAAUAGGGGAUGAAAGACAUAACAAUGACUUUAUAGAUUGGUUUCGUGCACAUAUCUUACAACUAUCUGCACAAGGACAUGCAAAUGAUGAUCUCAUAAGCUUAGCACUCGGUCUUAGAGAUCUAGUGCUUCGAUAUUCCACAUUAAUGGUGAAUGGAUUUAGAUUUUAGACAAGAGAUAUCGAGUCAAGAAGAAAAAUACAGAAUUGUGGAAUUCUUGUUAGAGGAGAUGAUUCAGACUCAACAAAGGAGUAUUACGGUAUAUUAAAGGACAUUUACGAGUUGUCUUAUGUGUGAAAUAAGAAAGUUUACCUCUUCAGGUGUCAUUGGUGGGAUGUGGCUCACUUAGGAAAAGGAUAUAAGAUUGACAAAUAUGGCUUCAUAAGUGUGAAUACUCGUUGUGCCUUGAAUACAAAUGAGCUAUUUGUGUUGGCAUCUCAGUGUGAACAAUUUUUCUAUGUGGACGAUAUGUCUAAUAAAGAUUGGCUUGUUGUUGUGAAGACAAAUCCUCGUGACCUUUUUAAUAUGCCUGAAAAGGAUAUUAAUUCUACAGAAAUUGAAGAUGAAGUAUUACCGAGUGAAGAUGCUUAUCAACAAGAGCAAGUUGAAAUUAAUACAUCGCGCGUUCAUGCUCAAGAAAUUGAUAUUGUGGUGUCCUUAAAUAUGGAUGAUGUUGAACCACAAAUUAUUGAUUAUAACCAAGCGACUGAAGCUCAGACAACUGUGCAUAAUGAGGACGAUGGUUUCAUUAAAGACGAUCACAUGGAUCUGUAUUAUAGUGAAACAAGCGAUGAAGAGUUACUUGAUGAUAACGAUGGAGAGGACACCGACAUAGAUGAUGGGGAUAUUGAGUUGCCAAAUAGAUAGCUUUCGUAUUUCUUUCUAUGGAUUCUUAUCUGUAGCUUCUUUAUCCCCCUUAUUAUUCUGUGAUUCAAUGAACCUUCAUCUUAAUUACUACCUUUAAUAUACUAGAAUAUCCCUUUUACUUUUAUAUGUGAUGAUGACUUGAAUUUUAUAGCUUUGGUAAGCUUCUAAAUGUACAUAUACAACACUUGUUGAGUUUAAGAAUGAUAGAAAUCUCAAUAAUAGCACGAUCCUUUACUACACAGACAUGAAUCUUCACCAGAACUUUGAUUUUUGUUUUCAUAUUUUUUAUUUUGAGAUAUUGUAGGAAAUGGUAGGAUUUGGACGAGGUAGAGAUGCACGAGGUGGAGGUGGAGGUGGUCGUGCAGGUGGCAGUAUUGGAGUUCAUGACAGUUCUACAGCGACGUCAUCCUACAGGGCUAAUGCACCAUUGACAAGGCUUGAGCGCUCUUCUCAACCACAAGCAUCU